CGGCGUUGUCCUGCGCGCCCGGCGGCCGCUCCACGCGCCCCGCUAUGCCGCCCGCGGGGCUCCGCGGGGCCGCGCCGCUCGCGGUGAUCGCGCUCCUGGUGCUGGGGGCGCCCCUGGCGCUAGCCGGCGAGGACUGCCUCUGGUACGUGGAUCGGAAUGGCUCCUGGCAGCCGGGCUUUAACUGCGAGUUCUCAACCUUCUGCUGCGGGACCUGCUACCAGCGCUACUGCUGCAGAGACCCGACCUUGCUCAUCACCGAGAGGCAGCAGAAGCACUGCCUGGCCUUCAGCCCCAAGACCAUAGCAGGCAUCGCUUCUGCCGUGAUCCUCUUCGUGGCUGUAGUCGCCACCACCAUCUGCUGCUUCCUCUGCUCCUGCUGCUACCUGUACCGCCGGCGCCAGCAGCUGCAGAGCCCUUUUGAAGGCCAGGAGAUUCCAAUGACAGGCAUCCCAGUGCAACCAGUGUACCCGUACCCCCAGGACCCCAAAGCCGGCCCUGUACCCCCCCAGCCUGGCUUCAUGUACCCGCCUAGUGCUCCUGCGCCCCAGUAUCCGCUCUACCCGGCGGGGCCCCCUGUCUACAACCCUGCAGCUCCACCCCCCUACGUGCCCCCCCAGCCCUCCUACCCAGGAGCCUGAAGAGCCGGCCGUGGUGUCUCUGCCAUCCCUCAGGGGCGCCUCCCUCUGGACCUCCGUGUGGCCCGGGGGGCGGGCAGGGUCCUCUUCUUGCCGGGCCCCAGACCGAGCCACACCCUGAGACCUUCUGGGAACAGAGCCCCAGGAGGAGGAAAGGAGCUGAGCUGGAACUUGGCCGUGAAUAGGGGCGGGUGGGGGGCUUGACCUGCAUUCACCGUUUUAACCGGGGCGAUGGAAGGACGGGAAAGCCUGGGUCAUAGCCCCUGCUUUCCUCCUCCUACCAGGAUGUCGGUGGCCGGCCAGAAGGCGGGGCCCCUCCUGCCUGCCCACAUGGCUGGGGUGGGGCUGGGGGGGACUCCACCAACGGGGGAUGGAAGCCCUCCUCCUGGCCGCCCUUCCCCCCAGGGCUAAGGCCUGCUGGAUUAAAGCUGUCAACUUGGGACUCA